UUUAGUAUUCGUCUAACACUGUAGGGGUGUAGACGUAUCGUUGCGACAAUAAAAGUUGCAGAGAAUUCUUACGGAACACAUACACAAAGUGUUUGAAUUCAUUUCGGUGUUUUAUCAGUUAAAACGUUCGUGUUUCGGUGCGAGUUACCUGCUAGAAAUGUCACGAUCAGCUGUUUUUGCCUCUGUGUCAUCCGGCGCGUAAGUUAACGGUAUAAACAAAAGUUGUUUUACAGUAUAAACACUUAAUGUGCGACAUAACCCUAAUUUUUAACAAUCAGAAUUAAGUAUGACAGUGUUUUUAAUAAAAAAACCAAGAUCGACAAACUCCUUUGUUAACUGGUGAAUGUAAUAAGUUCAAAUAGUGACAAAAUGGCUUUAAAUCACGCACUGAGUGCUAUUAUCGCACUAAUCAGUGUUCUAUGUUACUAUAACAGUUGUUACUGUGGGUUCGUGUUCGACGAUAUUAGUGCUAUCAAAGAAAAUCGAGAUUUAAGGCCGCACUCACCCUUAAUCAACAUAUUUUUUAAUGAUUUCUGGGGAACCCCCAUGCACAAGGAACAAAGCCACAAAUCCUUUCGCCCUCUUUGCGUUCUAACGUUCCGUUGGAACUAUUUAUUCGGGCAAUUAGAGCCCAUGGGGUAUCAUCUCGUAAAUAUGCUGCUACACUCCGUGGUGUGUCUCAUUUAUUUCAGAAUGUGCUCGAUGUUUCUUCCAGAACUAUCAAGUUUCGUAGCAGCGAUGUUAUUCGCCGUUCAUCCCAUUCAUACGGAGGCGGUGGCUGGCGUGGUGGGAAGAGCGGAAACGCUUUCAUCAGUCUUCUUUUUGGCAGCCUUCAUUUUGUACAGCAAAGCGACGAGAAAUAAAAAGUAUACAGGUUGGAGAUAUCUUCUGCUUUCAAUGAUAUCCAUGGCGACAGCGAUGCUCUGCAAAGAACAAGGGAUUACGGUGGCAGGAGUUUGUGCAGCAUAUGAAAUUUUCGUUGCCCAAAAGAUCCGUCUCCCCGAGCUCAAAUAUAUGCUGAAGACCGCAAUCAUCUCGAAAUCGUCUUACCCAUGGUCUGGAAAAGCCACAAAGAGACUUGCAGUUCUUGCCUCGACCACGCUUUGCCUGCUGCUCGCCAGACUUCAAAUUAUGGGAUCGCAACUACCGGUUUUUACCAGAUUUGACAACCCUGCCUCGGUGGCCGCUACGCCCACGAGACAGCUGACUUAUCACUAUUUAAUUAGUGUAAAUUUGUGGUUGUUGCUGUUCCCUUGUGAUUUGUGUUGCGAUUGGACUAUGGGCACUAUUCCCUUAGUUGAAUCGUUUUUUGAUAUGCGAAAUCUAGGCACCCUUACUGCUUACGCGUUCGUGGCGGCCCUGUUGGUAAAGGCAUUUACCACCGAAAAUAAGCUUCAGAGCACUAUCUUGCUUAUGAGUACAUCACUAAUGGUGUUCCCCUUUAUACCAGCCUCAAACUUUUUCUUCCCGGUUGGUUUCGUUAUAGCGGAACGAGUCCUUUACAUGCCUUCGAUGGGUUUCUGCAUGCUAGUGGGAUAUGGUUUCCACGUUCUGACCCAGAAAAGGCACAGCAAACCCUUUUAUUUCCUUAUGUGUCUUCUUCUAGCAUCUCACGCAGGAAAGACUUAUUUGAGGAAUUGGGAUUGGGAAAAUGAGUACUCUAUUUUUAUGAGUGGACUGAGGGUAAACCAGAGGAAUGCCAAGUUAUUUAAUAACGUGGGUCAUGCACUGGAAAGUCAAGGAAAUUUUGAAGAUGCGUUGAAAUUCUUCAAGACUGCUGUUAGUGUACAAGAAGACGACGUGGGUGCUCACAUAAACGUAGGACGAACAUACAACCACCUGAAAAUGUUUAAGGAAGCCGAGGAAGCAUACUUGAAAGCCAAAUCCCUUCUACCCAAAGCUAAACCGGGCGAGAGCUACCAAGCCCGGAUAGCACCCAAUCAUCUAAACGUUUUCUUAAAUCUCGCUAAUUUGAUAUCGAAAAACUCGACACGACUGGAAGAGGCCGACAUGCUUUAUAGGCAGGCGAUAAGUAUGAGAGCGGAUUAUACGCAAGCUUAUAUUAAUCGAGGAGAUAUAUUGAUAAGGUUGAAUAGGACCAAAGAGGCACAGGAAGUAUACGAGAGGGCCCUUCUCUAUGAUAGCAACAAUCCCGAUAUCUACUACAACUUGGGAGUGGUAUUUCUCGAACAAGGAAAAGCCUCUCAAGCCUUGGCUUACCUGGACAAGGCCCUCGAAUUCGACCCGGAGCACGAGCAAGCCCUUUUGAAUUCAGCAAUACUUCUGCAAGAAUUCGGAAGGGCGGACCUACGUAAAAUCGCCAGGGAGCGAUUGCUCAUUCUCCUAGGCAAAGAUCCGAAUAACGAGAGAGUGCACUUCAACCUCGGAAUGUUAGCCAUGGACGAUAAAAAUAUUGAAGAGGCCGAGAACUGGUUCCGUAGAGCGGUCCAUCUCAAAUCAGACUUCCGAAGCGCCCUAUUUAACUUGGCCCUCCUUCUCGCCGACGACCAACGACCUCUAGAGGCAGCUCCGUUUCUAAACCAACUCGUGAAGUAUCAUCCAGACCACGUCAAGGGACUGAUAUUGCUCGGAGAUAUUUAUAUAAAUAACAUCAAAGACUUGGAUGCAGCUGAAAAUUGUUACAGACGAAUAUUGGAACUGGAACCAGAAAAUAUUCAAGGCCUUCACAACCUCUGCGUGGUUCAUGUCGAACGAGGAAAAUUAAUAGAAGCCCAAUCGUGUCUUCUGGAAGCUCACAAACUAGCACCUGGAGAAGACUAUGUGUUACGGCAUCUUCAGAUCGUCCAAAACCGAAUAUCAAAAGUACGUGUGAACCCCAACGAGCUGAGCGAAGUAGAAGAGAAUCCCAAAGAGAAAAGCAAAGUGGUUUCCAACAAGAGUAUAGACGAGACGGAUAAGAAGACCAAACCUAUGGUAUCAGGGGACUCAGAGGAGCAACGAUACAGCAGCAGGGUGGUCAAUACGGAACCUAUGUUCGUGAAAAACGUUGAAAAUGUUGAUGAGUUUGUGGAUUAUAGUAUGAAUGAGGAAGAGUUUGUAGAAACGACGGAAAAUUCGAAUAAUUGGAACGAGGUAGGAAACGACAAAGAUGAUCCCUCUUCGGGAAUGUCUUAGGUUGUAUUCUGAGAAAAAGUCUGGAUAUAUUUAGGUAAAAGAUGUGUGGAUAAAUAUUUUGAUAUAUUGUUUAAAUGGUGGAAUAAUAAAAUAGUAUUUUUUACCGUCCUAUUUACUCUGUAACGAUUGGUUCUUGUAUAUUUUUAUAGUUAUGUGAUUGUCCUAAUAUUUUCGUCUUUCGUUUGAUUACCGACAAAUUUUACAUAGAACAACAUUGUUCAACGUUGAUUUAUUUGAUUUAUUCAAUAAAACUGUAAUUUAUAAAGACGCUUAAUAAUUAUUGUUUUUAAGUUUUGCUAUUUCUGGUAUUCGCACCGAUUUCGCCAAAUUGAAAGUUUCAGUUAGUUUCAGCAUAAAAAGUAAUUUCCUCUUACUCUUACUUUUUAGCUAAAUGUUUUUGUUGUUUCUCUGAUUAUUUCAUUCAUAGAGAUUUGGACCAAUAGAAAUCUACAAAAAUCUAAAUUUCAGCGGUAAUAUCUUCUUCUUCUUAUUGCACUGUCUCCUUUCGAAGGUUGGCGGUCCAAAUGGCAAUUGUAGUAUUGGAAACCUCUGCAAAAAAAACUCUGCAGAUGAGCGGUCAAACCAUCUUCUCAGGUCCUCCAGCCACUAGUUCUGGCGUCUUCCUACUGAUCUUUUGCCCUGUACUUUACCUUCCAAUAUGACAUGAAGUAGUUCAUAUCUUUCCCCUCUCAACAAAUGGCCCAAGUAUUGUAUUUUUCUUUCUUGGAUUAUUCUUAGUAAUUCUUUUUGUUUAUUUAUGCACCAAAGUACCUAAUUGUUAAAAAAUUCUUAUACCCAUGGAAUUCUCAGCAUCCGUAUGUUUAUAUACAUCUCAAAGGCAUCUAUUCUCUUUUCUGUGUCAGAGUCCAUUGUCCAACUUUCACAGCAAUAUAGCAAGACAUACAAUACAUAACAUCUGAUCAUUCGAAUUCUGAGCUCCAGACUAAGGUUGGAUCUUAUAAAAAAUGUUUUCAUGUUCGUGAGUGUUUUCCUGGCUUGUUCGAUUUUUGAUAGGAUUUCUUUUUUUGGGUUACACUGGCUAUUGACAUUUGCUCCCAAAUAUUUUAUGGACGUUACCUGCUCUACUAUUUGUCCUUUGGCAUACAAAUUUACGUUUAUUGAUGUCUUGGAUAAUACUAAAACUUUAGUUUUGGAAACGUUUAAGUGUAACCCAAACAUUUCGCUAUAACGAACUACCGCAUUUAUUAUAUUUUGUAGUUCUUGUGCGUUGCUUUUUUUUUGUAGCGGGACAGUUAAAUUAAUGGAAAGUAGACGAAAACAAAUAAGCGAAAACAAAAGAAACACAGUAGAAUACGUAGAACUAAACAAACUUAUUAGGAGAAAAACCAGAGAGGAUCUAAGAAAACACACUGAAAAUGAAAUCGAGAAAGUAAUUGAGAGAAAUAAGGGUCUAAAAUGCUUACGACCAAAUUUAGGGAAACUACUACUCAUUUCAAUAAAGGAUGAAACAGGACGGGAAGAGAGGAGAAAAGAUAAGAUAGCAGAAGAAGUAGAAAGGUUUUAUAAAGAACUAUACACCUCAAAGAAAGACGCAAACUUCAACACUCAGGAAUAUACCAAGAAAACAAUCACGAAUGUAAACUCAGAAACAUUACCAAAAAUAGAAAAUUAUGAAAUAGAAGCAGCACUAUCACAAUUAAAGAACAACAAAGCACCAGGACCAGAUGGAAUCCUUGCUGAAAUGUUGAAAGAAAGGAAAGAAAAAAUCUUACAAACAUUAAGAAAUCUAUUUAAUCAGUGUCGACAUAAAGGAGAAAUACCCGACGAAUGGAACGAAAGUCUUACAAUCCUGCUAUUUAAGAAAGGCAACAGAAAGGACAUAAAAAAUUACAGACCCAUCUCACUGCUGUCGCAAACGUAUAAACUAUUCACGAGGAUUAUCAACAACAGGCUAACACACAAAUUGGACUCGUAUCAACCAGUAGAGCAGGAAGGAUUCCGAAAGGGAUAUAGCACCACUGACCAUCUUCUGACAAUUAGGACGCUAAUAGAAAAAGCUAACGAAUACCAUAUAAAUCUGCACUUAGCGUUCGUUGACUACGAAAAAGCAUUUGACAGCGUGGAAAUGUGGGCAAUAGAAAAAGCUAUAAACAACUGUAGAAUAGAUUCCAGAUACAGAAUGCUAAUACAUAAUAUAUAUAAGAAAGCAACAAUGAUAGUACAAUUGGAAGAAACCACAAAACCCAUACCAAUUAACAGAGGAGUGCGACAGGGAGAUGUUAUUUAUUUCUCCUAAAUUAUUUACUUUGGCACUGGAAGAUGUUUUCAAAACAAUGGAAUGGACAAACAUGGGAAUAAACAUAAAUGUCACUUGACUUAUAAACAUAGCAUCAAGUUUUGAAGAACUACAAACCAUGCUAACCGAACUAGCAAAUGAAUCCGAACAAAUAGGUAUAAAAAUGAAUUUUGCCAAAACAAAAACAAUGACAAACACACAAGAUAGUAGAAACGUAAUAUUAAACGACACCACAAUAGAAGCGGUUAAUGAUUAUAUAUAUUUGGGACAGAUGAUAAAAAUAAAUAAGGAAAACCAAACAGCGGAGGUAAAAAGAAGGGUCAGAUUAGCCUGGGCAGGAUUUGGAAAAUUAAAAUGGGUCCUAAAGAAUAAAAAAAAUACAACAAUACUCAAGAGUGUUUGACCAGUGCAUACUCCCAAUUGUCACAUACGCAUGCCAAACAUGGACCUUGACCAAGGCAAACAUGGAUAAAAUAAUGAAGACACAAAGCGCCAUGGAGAGAGCAAUGUUAGGAGUAAAAUUGACAGACAAAAAGCAAAACAACUCGGUAAGAAAUAAAACAAAAGUCAAAGACGCAGGACAACAUAUAACCAGACUAAAAUGGAGCUUCGCAGGUCAUAACGCUAGACAAACGGACAAUAGGUGUAAUAGCACGAUACAACAAUGGAGACCAUGGACAGGAAAGACAGGAAAGAGAGCAAGUGGACGACCCCAGAUGAGAUGGGGAGACGACAUUAAAAAGAUAGGAGGAACGCACUGGAGACAGAAAGCACUAAACAGAAGCGAAUGGAGGAAACUGUGGGAAGCCUAUGUUCAAAAUUGGACGAAUUAAAGGGCAAAAGAAGAAGAAGAAGUGCGUUUCUUGCUAUUAGGACGGUAUCAUCGGCGUACCUGAUGUUGUCUAUGCUGGUUCCGGUAAUCUUGAUUCCACCUUGGACCUCGUCUAAUGCUUCUCUGAUUAUAGACUCCGAAUACAGAUUAAAUAAUAGCGGUGACAAGACGCAACCCUGUCGCACUCCUUGUCGGAUUUGUAUAUCUUCGGAUGUUGUAUGCUCUAUUUUAAUUGUUGCUGUUUAGUGCCAAUAUAGUUCUGAGAUAAUUCGCGGAUCUUGGUCGUCAAUUCCAGCUCUUAGAAUUUCGAUCAUCUUUUGAUGGUUAACGCAGUCAAAUGCUUUUCUAUAACCAAUAAAACAUGCAUACGCAUCUACAUUCAUGUCACUGCAAUUAUUCUCUGCAAUUAAUUUCUACAAUUACAUUCGACAUUGAUAUUGUCUGGACCGGUGGCUUUUCCGUCUUUCUGAGCUUUCACUGCAUGAAUAACCUCUUCUUUGGUUAUUCUUUGACCUUUUUCAUUUAUUUGAUAAUUUGUAGAUGGUGUAGAACACGGUCUAUCGUCGCCAAACAGUGUCUGAAUUAUUCUUUCCAUCUCUUCAGUUUGUCGUCAGUGCUUAUAAUUAUUUCGUUGUUACUAUUUCUUAAUAUUGUUGCUUGUUUAUUUCUACGUCUACCUGUCAUUUCUUUCACUUUUUAUGGACAUUAAAGGUGUGAUAUCUUUCCUGAUGUUGUUCGAUUUCUAGACAUUUUGCUGGCAUCCAAUGUUCUUUAACUUCUCUGCACUUUACUGUAAUAAUUUUAUUGAUAGGUUUGUAUUCUACUGUAUUUGUCUUAUGAUUUCGUCUUACGUCCAUGAGUCCAUGAUCUCUGGUGUUAUCCAUUCUUGUUUUCUAUUGUUUUUCAUGAACCCGAUGUCUUCUUCUUGUAUCUUUGUUAUCUUCGUUUUAGAACAAUCCAUGUUACUUCAACGUCUGUCUGUAUCAACUUCUCUAUCGUUUCUAUUUCUUUCUCAACCUUGAUACUUAUUUCUUUUUUCCUGUCAGGGUUUUUCAGUUUUGAGAUGUCUUUUUUUCUGGUCACUUUUGCCUUUUUAGCUUUCAGAAAUCUUUUUAAUUUAAAAUCCAUUAUGACUAUUUUAUGAUUACUAUAUGUAUAUGUCAGCUCCAAUAAUAAUAUAAGAUAAAAAUAAAAUUAUUUUUUGAAAUAUAAAAAUAGCGCAGCAGAUAUCCUUCGUUUUUACCUAAAUUUAAUAAUAAAUAAAAAUUCAGUGACAUUAAUCACAAUUAAUGUUUAAUGAGCAGGUUUAGCAAAUAUUCAGAUGAAGAUAUCAAUGCGAUUAAAGAAGUUAAUACCAAUCAAUAAUACAGUUUUAUUCAUAACAUAAUAUUACCAAAUUACACUGGAGAUUUUACAAUUACCGACUUGUAUUGCCCUCGUGAUAAUUUUACAUAAUUUAAAAAAUAAAUUAAAAAAUGUCGCUCGGGAUACAAAUCGGUGAUUUUCGAGCUCUUGUGUAAUUACAAGUGAUAAUUUUAUUUUUAUUAUUGAAAUUAAGUGAUUGGCUUGGAUUAUUUUCAACAAACAACAUGUUCAUUUAUUAAAAGGUGUGUAUAUUAUUUUAUUGGUUCCACUAUUUAAUGGUUGAUUGUUUAAAACCGUUAAGAAGAGAUGUCCUGGAGUGUACUUUGACGUUUUCUUUAUAAAAUGUAUAAAUAUCUGUUCCUUAAGCUUAACGUUUUAAACAAUUCCACAUUUAUACAUCUUAAGAGAUAUUUGAUAAUAUUUGAAAUUAAAAAAAUUGUGAAAAAUUCGUAUAAUAUAUGAACUUUUUGUACGAGCCAUUAGAUGUAGUGUUCAUUCUGUGAUACUCAGAAUAAUCGUUUAUAGCUAUAUUUUGAUCCUAAAGUACAUUGAAAAAUUUGACUCUUCAACUUACGAUAGAUUAUAAAAAGCAUGAAAACCCUAAUGUGACUUAAAGUUCACAAUCACAAUCAUUCUAUUUUAUAACUGUAUGAUAUGAUACUUAGAUAAACUGAUAUCCGGGGAUGAUGAGCAUUUUUUGUGGAUUUCGAAAGUAGUAUUGAAUUUUUUAGCGCAAAAUAAUAUUUUACAAUUUUUUUUAAUCCUAUUUUUUUGAUGCCACAUCAAGUAUUGGCAGAUAAUGACAAUAACUCUAGAUUUUAACAGGUUCUUUGAUCAUUAUUAUUUUUUUAAUUAAAUUUAAUACCCCGUCAUUGGAAAAUACGCAUAAUAAAAAUGCCCUAGUAAAUUUCAAAUAUAAAAUUCAAUGUUCAUGUCUACACUCGUUCUAGUUGUACCAUAUUGUAUAACAUGUGCAUUUUAGAUGUAGUUCUCUAUCCGCAGAGUUUCACAUGUCUAGGUCCCGUUUUUUUAGUCUUUAUAUAAUUUGAUCAUCAAACAUAGCGGUUCUUUGAAAUUUUGUGAUUCUUCUAGAUAUCUGUGAUAUUGGGAAGCAGAAUUGACAGAACAAUUAACAACAUUAAUUAACAAAAUUAUAAAACAGAGAGGGUACCGGAAGAAUAGAGGACUAGUAAAUUAAUUCUACUAUUCAAAAAAGGAGAUAAAAAAGCAGCUAGUAGGUAAACUACUAGCUGCUAGCUAGAUAUAAACUUGUUGAGUACUACUCUAAAACGUACAAUUAAAAUUUUACAUUUUUACAAGAACAUUAAUGAGAAGAUAAGUUAGCAGAUAAACAACAAGGUUUUCGUACUGGAAGAUCGUUUACAGAUACAAUAGUCGUCAUAAAGCAAAUUACUAAGAAAUUAUUAGAGUAUGUUAGACCAGCAUUGACACAGUAACCAUCAAAGACGUACCAUCUUAUGUAUAAUAGAGAAGUUUCCCUAGAUAUCAUAAAAACUAUUGAAACCAUGUACCAAAACAACAAAAUGGAUAUCAAGAUACAUGGGAAACUUACAGAACGUAUAGAAUAGAUAGCAGAAUAAUAUAGGUGUACUCAUUAAGCCAUUAGCCAACGACUCUUCAGUAAAGUUCAUCUCCAACAAUUAAAAUACUUUGGACAUGUUAUGAAAGCAAACACAGAAAACAUGUAUAGAUUCAUUUAUACAAGGAAAGGGAGCGUUCAAGUAUUACGUAACGCGAUUUUUGAAGAUUUUUGACCUCCCUACCCCCCUGCGUAACGCACUCUAAUGGGCGUUUAACUAUUGCGUAAUGCAAUUUUUGAAGAUUUUUUACCCCCACCUGCGUUACGUAAUACUUAAACGGUCCCAAAGGUGGAAGGCCGAAAAUCACGAGGAAGAUCCCCAGCAAGAUGGAUCGACCAGAUUACAGGAAUAUGCAAAAUACUGAUGCAUGAGUUAUCAGAAAUAUCCAGAGACUGUAGAUAUCCAGAUAUCUGUAGAGACGGAAAAUAUAUGACAUCACGUCGACCACUGCACUCCCUCCGGGGGGUCAGGUUUGAAGACAGAUACUCAUUGAGACCUACACUGUUCGAUUUAAUCAUGGAUGAAAUGAUAAAAAACAUCAGCAAAAUAAGAGAAUACAAAAUGGGAAACAAAGAAGUAAAAAUACUCUGUUACACAAACGACACAAUAUUGAUAGCCCAAGUUGAUGAUAGUUUGCAAAGACUAGUCCACAGAUUUAACAUAAGAGUCAAAGGAUUUAAUAUGACAAUCUUAACUCGGAAAACUAAAACAAUAGUAAUCAGCAGAGAAUUAAUCAGUUGUAAAAUAGCUAUCAAUCCCACCAGUGUUGAACAAGUAAUAGAAAUAAAAUACUUUGCAAUUACACUAUCCAGAUUUUGACCAAGUCUCCUCGAUUUUGACAAGGAAGGAAGAGAUCAAUUACAAAAAGUAAAAAAUAGACUGGCAGGAUGCCAAAAUAUAGCGAGAACCGAAAUAUCAACGCUGAGAUAAAGUCAAGAAUUUAUGAAGCUAGUUAUGAUGACUUUGCAUCAGAAACAACACUCGACACAGUCGCAAUACAAAGACUACUGGAAAUGGCAGAGAUCUGAGAAGAAUUACAGAAAAUACACUGAGAGACCGAAAGAAGAAGGAAGACAUUAGAAGAAAAUAUUAUAACGGACAAUAUAUAAACGAGUGAACACUGAACAGAAAAAAACAAUGGAAUAACCACAUAAGCAGAAUGGUAGAAACCCGAAUGGUUAAAAUGGCAAGAGAUAAAUCACCAAUCGGUAGAACAAGUAUCGGACGACCGAGCAAAAAAUGGAGUGACAACCUUCCACAGAGGUAGGUAUCAAUCCGCCAAUAAACACGCAUGACUAAAGAGGAAGAAAAAGAUUAGUUUCAAUUGGAUGUUGAUGUAUGAUAGUGCAUAUCAUCUAGUAGCUUUUCGUAAGACAUUACGUAGCAUUGCCGAACGUCACGCAGUUGUAUGGUUGUAUUGCUUCAGAAGUCUAAAGAAUUUCGACCAUAGCUUGAUUAUUUUUGAAUUUUUUCUCGAUGGAUUUCCCCAGCUGUCGCGAUAGAGCGUUUAGCUACUCCACUAUCUUAAAAGAACAACUAGAAUUUUUAAAAUACAAUAAGAAAAUAUACAAACAAUUAAAAAGAUACAAAAGACACUACAACAUUAGGAGAGUGAGAGAUCAAGAAAAAAUCUUAACUUAAAUAAAACAAAAAAGACAUUUUUAGACAAAAAAUUAACUUACAUACUAAUUUAUACACCGGAAACUAAUAUACGGUAUAUAUUAUACACGUUGAAAAUAUUUAACGAGUAUUCAAUCUUAUUGAAAAUUUUAAAUACAUAUCAAGUAAAACGAAUGUAAGAGAGAAUUAUCUACUAAAGAAUACAUACAUACAUACAUAAUCGAAAACCUCUUACAUCCGUAGGUGUCGAGGUGUAUAAGCUUUUUUAAAUUUUGUCUACAAAUUUACGCCACUCUUUUCUGUCUCUAGCUAGUUCCUUCGCCUCAAUCCAUGUCUUCCCUCUUUCUUCGAGAAUAUCAUUUAUGCUUUUGUUCCAUGUUUUUCUUGGUCGUCCUCUACGAUUUUUCCCUAAUCUUCUCGCCUCCCAUAUCUUCUUCACCUGUCUAGUUUCGUUCAUUCUGAUCAUGUGUCCCCACCAUUUCACUUUCUUUUCUUCUGCUUUUACCUUUAGUGAUUUCGUUCCUAGUUCUUGUCUAAUGUCUUCAUUUCUUCUUCUGUCUGUUCUUCUUAUACACCCAGCACUUUCCUUAAGUAUUUUAUUUCACUUGCUUGCAGUCGUGUUGUUUGUCUUUCGUCAAGUACCCAGUUUUCUGCCCCGUAGGUUAAUACAGGUUGGUACACUGUUUGGUAUACGAUCAUUUUAGUUUUUGUAGUUAUUUCUUUUCUAUUCAAGAAGUUUUUGUAUAGUGCAUAAUAUAAUCUAGUUACUGAGUUUAUUCUGGCACCAAUCUCAUCUUCUUGUGUCCCUUUGUUAUCCAAACUUAUCCCUAAGUACUUGAAUACUUCUAUCUGUUCGAUUAUAUUUCCUUCAAUGUUAAUGUUUAUUUUUGUGUUGUUUUUUGUAACUACCCUCACUUUAGUUUUCUCGGUGUUUACUCUUAAGUUAUAUUGUUUUAAUGCUUCUGUCCACAUUGUCAUGUUCUUUUGAAGGUAUUUUUCUGUUUUUGCUAUAAGCACUAUAUCAUCUACUAAAGAAAAUAUGUGUUAAUGUCAAAAACUAUAAAAAUUGUCUCCAAUGCCAUCUGCCAAUCAAAUGAAGGGAUACAUUUUUGGCCAUAAUACGCAAAAAAUCGAAAUUGAAUUUUUGUAUUGUAUUUUAGAACACGAGAGAUCUAAGUUCCACAAUAGUUGGUUUUCACAAGAAUUGCAAAAUAUAAAAGUAUGUAACCAAUAGAGAGCUUGUCACUAACUUAAGAGAUUUAUAUCAGAGUAAGUCAAAAGAUUGACAAUAAACAUUAUGAUUUUGUUGUUGUUUCCUUUAUAGUUAAAAACCUAAUAAAUAUUACCAGAAUCACCCUCUAGUUUUUGUUAUACCUAAUCAUGAAUGUAUAAUUGUUUUACCAAAUUAUUCGCAGUAUUCUCUGGAUAUCAGUUUGUUAAAAUUUUGUAUUAGUUGAAACGUAUGUAUAUAUAGGAACAAAAGUAAGUUAACUUAAACCAAUGAAGUCAAUUAGUCUGAUUUAGGUUACUGAUAAAUUUAAUAUGCUGUUUAAAUAUUGAAUAAUUUUUUGGCUUAUAGAAACGUAAACAUCAUAUCUAGGUGGGUGCACUCAGCGAAUUGCGUUUCGGUUUAAUUAUGUACUGUUAUUAAAUUGUGUUAAUUAUCACUGAUAUCAUUUAGAAUAGUACAAGAGACAAAUCAAAAACACCAUCAAAAUGAUCAAAAGGGUAGAUACCCAUAAAUAAAUUUGUCAUUAAACACAUGAGAUUAUGUUGGAUACAUACUAAUUACACAAGAAUAUUAUUAAAUUGAGGAGAUUAAUUGGGACUGACCAUAGAAAGUCCAGCAAAUGUUAUUAUUUUGCAUCAAUAAUGAAAUUUAACUUUUAUAUGUUUAUGUUAUAAAUUGUUUUAAAUGAUAUUUUUCCUAAAUUUUCAUUUCUAUAUUGCAUUCGUUGAACAUUACGCCAAUUUAAUAACAUUUCUACACCAUGUAUCCCCUUUCUUUCAAUUUUCCCCUUCACCAAAGAGGUUUUCAAUAGCUAUUUUAAAAGUAAAAUUUUUAGUAAAAUUUUAAAAAUCUGACUGAUUUAUACCUAUAAAUUAUUUUAUAAAUACAUGACAAACCUGGUACCAAGCGAAAAUCCAAAAGUCGACUUGAACGAAAUAGCAUUGGUCCAUAAAUAUAAAUACUUAGGACAAGAAAUCCAAAUUACCUGGGACAAUCAAACUGUCAAACUACAAAGAAGAAUCACCUUAGCGUAGGACGCAUAUGGAGCUCUAUAAAGAGCAACAUACCAAAUUAUCUGAAAAAGAAGACGUUCGACCAAUGUGUGCUUCCACUCAUGACUUACGGAGCCGAAACACUAUCGUUAAUCCAGGCCACAGCAAACAAACAUGAAGUAGCCCAAAGAAGAAUGGAACGGUCACUACUUGGACUGACUCUCAGAGACAGGGUUAGAUACGCGAAAAUCAGAAAAAAGACAGGCGUCACAGAUGUCAUAGAGCGAAUAGCAUGGUUGAAGUGGAACUGGGCGGGCCAUGUAGCAAGAAUGAAGGACGGGACGUGGACCCUAAAAUUACAAUGUCGAGACCACGAGCAGACAGAAGAAGUACAGGUAUACCACCUACACGAUGGACAGACGACGUCAAAAUGGUAGCUGGAAAUUGGUUGCUAAAAGUCCAAGUCCGACAGAACUGAAAGAAAUUAGGGGAGGCCUUUGUUCAACUUUGGAUGCAGAAGUCUGCAUGAUGAUGAUGUCAAAUGUAACGAUCAAAUAAUACACAACAUCAAAUUCUAUGUGGCUGUUAGGCCUGGAUCCCACGUACCAGAAAAAAGUUAAUUAAUACAUAGCAAGCUGAAAAUUUGUUAAUAGCUUAACGAUGUCUAGUCGGACAAACUUUGAUGUAUCGGAACAUUGGAAUAAGUGAAGUUUUAAUUGUGGAACAGGUUAAAACAGCGUUUCCCAAACUUAUUUUUCCGUGGCCCGGUUAUUUUUGUGCUUAUUCUUCGUGACCCACUAAUUUUUUUGGCAUACCCUGGUGUGUGUAACCCUGGUUAACCUUCCGAUGACCAACCUUUUUUUGUUACACGGAUUACCAUGGGGGGGAAAAUGACCCCAGGUCAAAAAUGUCAAAAAUGACAAUUAACAAAAAAAUGAAGUUUUUUUUUAUUUUUUUUAUGGCAUGGACUUUAUGUCAUUCAGCCAGUCACAACAUGAGUAGUCAUGUGUAGUGUGUAUAUUGAGUAAGUGUCUUGUUACUUUGCAAAGUCGACGUCAUUAGCGUAAAACUACUUGGAAUUACACAUUAUAGACGGUAUUUUACUAAACAUCAACUUCACAAUAUAUUUUUUAUUCGUAAAAUAUAGGAAAUUUUUUUUAUUUCAAAAUAUGAGGAUAUCUAGAAUGAUAUUAAAGUCAAAUAAAAAAAUAAUGAGUUAAAAAUUGAAAAUACUUUUGAAUUUAUUAAAGAAAAACAUACGCUGGGGUCACAAUUUCCCCCACUUGGUCAUCCGAAGGUUAACUAAAAACUUCACAUUUGGAAGAAAAUAUGUUAAUUUUAUUUGGUUUUCGAGGAAAAUCAGUGUUGAAAACCCUGCCUCACACUUAUAGGUCGUAACAAAAGGAAUUAAAAACUUUAUCGUUUUUAAAAAUAUAUAUUUUAUAAAGACAACCAAAAAUCUAUCAGUGGUAUCUUGUCAAAUAUGUUUUUGAGUGCCCCAUCACAAGAUAGUCCAUUUACUGGGAUUCUACGUCCAUUGUAAAUUGAUUCCUUAUCCAUGCUUUGUUGCUGUGGAUGGAGGGAAAAUAUUCCUUCAGAUUUGCCUCCAGUUUUAGCAGGUUUCCUUGAAAGCCGCUGGAAUUUCAUCCGGUAAUGAAUUCACGUUAUACUCAUUUUGUAGUUCUGUUAGCUUUGUAAAAGAUUUGAUAUUUCCUGCUUUCCGAGCGGCAAGUCCACAAAUUAAGUUUUCUUGUUGUAGCUUCCAGCGUCUCUUGUACUUUAAAUACAGUUACAUUGCUACCUUGUAAUAUCAUAUUUAAAUUGUUCAACAAGUCAAAAAUAUCACAAAGAUAGGCCACCUUGAUUAACCAAUUGAAAUCAUGAAAACUGUUUUUAAAUUGAAAUAUUGGAUCCCUAGCCGUUGGUGGAUGCUGUUCUAAGAACAUUGAAAGCUCUUCCUUGAAUUCAAUAAGUGUUUUUAAAACAUUCCCUUUUGAUAGCCAACGCACUUCGCAGUGUGACAGAAGAUCAUGUUCACUCCCCAUUUCUUCGCACAAUACAAAGAAUACUCUUGAGUUCAGUGGACCAGAUUUUAUGAAGUUUAUAAAUUUUACACAGUCUUGCAUAGAUUCGGUUACAAACAGUGGCGUUUUUUGACAGCGAAUGCCUCUGUGGAUGCUACAUCGCUCCCAAGCACAUUCUGGUGCUACGGCUUUGAUCCUCGGAAAAGCCUGGCGUCAGUCAGAGAGCGUCCUUAAAAACCAAGUUGUAAAACGGCGAGGCGACCCGGCAUUUUGUUUUCCUGGCCCGGUACCACCAUUUGGGAAACGCUGGGUUAAAAAUUUGGAACACCAGAUUACGAAAACGUCCCAUGUAUUUUGUGUGACAGAACAUCCAAUUGAUUUGUUACACUUUCAUUAAACUCUCAUGCAAAAAUCAGACUACUAUUACUAACCAACAUGAUUCCUGUCAUUUGACAUGUUCUUUGUGUUCCACUCAUUAAAAUGCCCAGUUGGUGAUAAACACCAGUCUGAUUUUUGCAUGAGAGUUUAAUGAAAUGGUAACAAAUCAAUUGGAAGUUCUGCCCGACAAAUAACGUUUUCGUAUUCUGACGUUCCAAAUUUUUAAACUGUUCCACAAUUAAAACUUCCCCUGUUCCAGUGUUCCCAUACAUCAAAGAUUGUCCGACUAGACACCGUUAAGCUAUUAACAAAUUUUAAGCUUGCUAUUAAUCAACUUUUUUUUGGUACGCGGGAUCCAGAUCUAUGUAGUCAUGAAUCAUAAGUGAUCAAAUUAAUCUACUGUGUAUUGCAUACGUAUGGUGUAAAAUUGUAAAUGAUAAUAACUGCCACUUAUUUUAAUCCGCUAUUGUAGGUAUGUUCUUAUUGCUGACUUCUCCUUUUAGUUGACGACCAAAGCCUGCUACAUUCUGUUGAUUUUAAAGCUGCUGAUUUGGAUGACUCUCUGAUCAACAAACUAAUAAAUUCUGUAUGCAGCGAGGAGUACGACAAGGAGACAUCAUCUCACGAAAGCUGUUCACAACCCUUUUAGAACACACUUUUAAGAAGGCAGAUCUGAACGAAUAUGGUAUCAAUAUAAAUGGAGAGAAAGCUCAGUCAUUUGAGAUUCUCAGAUGACAUCGUCCUUAUAGCCGAUCGUAUGGAUGAUGCAAUAAUAAUGUUGAACAAGUUAUAUCAGGUUUCCUUAGAGGAUCGGACUAAAGAUUAAUAUCAACAAGAUGCAAAUAAUGACUAAUCUGGUGCUAAAUCGUAAUAUUGUUGUGGAUGGAAUGGAUAUUGAGCAGACUGUAUCUUAUAAGUACUUGGGACAUGAAAUUCGGUUGGGAAGAGAUAAUCAGACGUGCGAGCUCCCACGUCGCAUAGGAUUAGCCUGGGCAGCGUUUGGUAAACUGAGCUAUGUAUUUAAAUCGGACUUACCCAUAUGCCUGAAAAGGAAAAUCUUUGACCAGUGUGUAUUGCCUGUACUCACUUAUGGAGCGGAAACAUUAACACUUACAAAAAUGGUAGUGAACAAGAUUCGCAUAACUCAGAGGGCUAUGGAGCGCCAGAUGUUGGGUGUCUCCCUGAGGGACCAAAUCCCAAAUGAAGAAAUACGUCAUAGAACAAAAACAACGGACGCCGUCGAAAGAAUUGCGCCGCUCAAGUGAAAUUGGGCAAAACACGUCGCCAGAUUGUCAGACAUCUGAUGGACAAAACGUAUUGUCGAGUGGAGAGCACGAGAAGAAGCACUACGGAGCAGAGGACGACCACCAACCAGAUGGGCUGACGAUCUGAAGCGUAAUGUCGGCAACUGGAUGAAAGCCGCACAAAACAGAGAAAGAUGGAAAGAGCUGAGGGAGACCUAUGUCCAGCAGUGGACGAGUACGGGUUGAUGAUGAUGAUUUGGAUGAGCGUACUACACAUUAUUAUUCAUUUAGUAGGAUGAGAGCUACUUCUUUGACUUUUCUCUUUUUCGUGGCUAUUUUUUUAUGAUUAUUGAUGGAUUUUCCAUUGUAACCUGUGCUCAUUUCAUGCAAACAUGCUUGAGGUAACGAGCGCAGGGAACAAUGAUGAAAAAGAGAAAAUUUAAAGAAUUAGCUCUCAUCCAAAUUAUUGAAGAAACAUGUGUAUAGUGGAGAUAUGUAGAGGAUGUGUCUCCAUUUGACCUCACGGACCAGAAAUCAAUCAAAUCACCAUGAAAAAAGAAAACAAGAAUUCAUCUCCAUUUUUGUAUUUUCUUUUCUAAUUUAUAUUCUCUGGAAAGGCGUAUGAAUGUAUUUUUUGGAUAUGGUGAAGACGUAAAACCAACAGCAAAUAGUAUACAACAUUUGGAUGUUGUUCUAUACCUCCAAGUUUAAUAGGUUAGUUAAGUCAUUUGUAUUUUAUUUCAUAAAUAUUAGGAAAACUUUUUAUCGCUGCUCUUGACCUAAAGGUUUAAACUUUAGCAAACAUUUAAUUUUCCAGCUUUUACUUAUGGCAAUAUUUAAAAUUUACAAUUCUUAAGAUAAAUGGUUUAUGACACCAAUAUAGUUAUAUGUUUACUUUUCUUUUAAAGUUACUUUUUUAACAUCGCAACAAAUUCAUAAUAAACAUAGAAAACUUACUUUUGUUCCCCGUAAUAAAUAAUAUUAUUUGUGACGGCUGUAUUUGUGAUUUGGGCUGUUUUUUUUUUGGUUAAUUUAUAUAAUAGGUGGCGUUUGCAACUACUUUGACUGAAAUAUUAGUUUGAUAUACUUAUAUAUUAUUCGCCUAAUGACUCAAUAGGUUAUUUUUCUGCUUACAUAUGGGCUUAAAUAAUAAAUUUCUAAAUGACUUUCAUACAAUUUUUAUGACAGAUCCUUUGAAGUUAAUACUGUAGACAAUAUUAAAGUUUUUGUUUGUUUUUAUAGACAAACAAAGCUAACUAGAUACAAAUCCAAAACAAGUAACUUUAUUAUUUUGAGAUUAUUUCACAACGAUACUACAUAAUAUUUCUUGUAAAUACAGGUGUGAAUUGAUCCUUUUCCUUUAUCUUGUGGUGCAAAUGUAUCCUUUUCUUAUAUCCUCCAGGUUUGGGAGAAAUCAAUGUUUGCGUUAUUGAUUAUUCCGCUAAAUAGUUAUUAUUUAAAGGCAAAAGUCCAAUCAGACUUUAUCUGAUUUGACUUGUUGAUAUUUUUUUUUUCAGCCAAUUGAUACUUUCCCCAGAUAUAUAUUUAGUUCUAUAGGUUCCUGCUUUCUUUUUUGGAUUAGUAUUGCUUACGUAUUAUGUGAAUGUAAUGAUAUUUUAUGUUAUAUUUGACGUAUUCAAGUGUCGCAUAAUCUUUAGCAGAUACAAAGUAACUAUGGGCAACUGACAUAGAUAGGGAGAAAAAUGAGCAAAUAUAAAAAUAUAUGUAUGGGCCUAUUAAAAAACAUACACUAAUGUAUAUAUUAUUUUAAUACAAAGUUUUUAGAAACAAUUAUUUUUAUAAGAAAAUCCUAAAUAGGUAACCUCAAAAAAAUAUUUUGGUGUAGCAGUAGAUUUUUCGUUAUAGCAAAGAAUAUAAUUAUACUCUCCUCUACUCUACUAAUAACGUCUAUAUUCUUUGUUUAUAGCUCUCCAGUCCUGAAUGAGCCGUAGUUUCCCCUAACGCUCGUUUCACACACUAAGAAUUUUGAACGUGCGAUGGUUGAAAUGUACAUAGUGGCUCCCAUGUACACUUGGCUCCAAAAUCUGCGGAAGUGGUUCGAGCUGACAUCAGUCGAAUUAUUCAGAAGUGUCGUAAGCAAGAUCAGGAACGGACAGGGAACUUGAAGACGAAAAAGAGACUGGAAUAAUAAUUACUCAGUAAAUUUAAUACAAAUCAUCAUCAUUCUCUUUGCCUUAUCCCUAUGCGUGGUCGGCUUCCCUAAUUGCAUUUCUCCACACAAUUCUAUCCUGGGUCAUAUCAAUAUUAAUCCCCUUUACCAACAUGUCCUGCCCAAUCGUCUCCCCUCACGUCUUCUUUGGUCUUCCUCUCCUACUCCUUCCAGGGAUGUGCACUUCAGCUACUCUUCGUAUUGGAUGAUUAACGUCUCGACGUUGAACAUGACCAAACCAUGCUCUUUCUUUUUGGCAUCAAUUGGUGCCACACCUAGACUUCCUCUAAUAUACUCAUUUUUAAUUUUAUCCUUUCUUGUCAUUCCACUCAUCCAUCUAAGCAUUCUCAUCUCCGCCACCUGCAUUCGUUGUUCCUCUUUCUUUUUCACUGCCCAACAUUCAGUUCCGUACAUCAUAGCCGGUCUUAUGGCUAUUUUAUAGAAUUUUCCCUUCAGCUUCAUCGGAAUUUUUCUGUCACACAACACACCACUCGUUUCUUUCCACUUCAUCCAUCCAGCCCUAAUUCUACUGCAUGCAUCUCCAUCUAUUUCUCCAUUACUCUGUAAUACCGAUCCUAGGUACUUAAAACUAUUGCUUUUCACAAUUAUUUCAUCAUCCAAAGAUACCAUUUUAUUUGUUUUACCUCCAUCUUUAAAUGAACAUUCCAAAUACUCUGUUUUUGUCCUACUAACAUUUAAACCUUUUUGUUAUUGGGGGGGGGGGGGGAGUAGGGACUUCUUUCUUAUUGAGUGCCCACCACAGAAUCUCUCGAGGAACUCUAUCAUAUGCUUUCUCAAUAUCAAUGAAUACCAUAUGAGCAAUGGUCUCUUUAUUCCUGUAUUUUUCCAUCAGUUGCUUUACAAUGAAAAUUGCAUCUGUUGUUGAUCUGCCCUGCAUAAAGCCAAAUUGAUUAUCGGAUAUUUUUGUCUCUUCACGUAUCCGUCUAUCAAUCACUCUCUCUCAUAUUUUCAUGGUGUGGCUAAGUUUAAGUGGUCCUACUAAGUUUUAAACCUUUUCCUCCAGAACUCGUAUCCACUGUUCCAGUUUUUGUUCUAAGUCUCUUUCACUAUUUCCUACUAACACGACAUCAUCAGCAUACAUUAAGCAUCAUGGAAUGUUACCCUGUAGUUUCGCUGUUAUCUGGUCCAAAACUAAUGAGAAUAAAUACGGACUAAGCACCGAGCCUUGCUGCAAUCCUACUUUCACAUGAAAUUUAUCAGUCUCUCCCACACCUGUCCUAACACUAGUCGUUACUCCCUCAUACAUAUCCCUCACAAUCUUUACAUAUGCACCAGGGACUCCUUUCUUAUUGAGUGCCCACCACAGAAUCUCUCGAGGAACUCUAUCAUAUGCUUUCUCAAGAUCAAUGAAUACCAUAUGAGCGUUUGUUUCUUUACUCCUGUAUUUUUCCAUCAACUGCCUUAUAAUGAAAAUUGCGUCUGUUGUUGAUCUGCUCUGCAUAAAGCCAAAUUGAUUCUCGGAUAUGUCGGUCUCUUCACGUAUCCGUCUAUCAAUUACUCUCUCCCAUAUUUUCAUGGUGUGGCUAAGCAGUUUUAUAGCCCUGUAGUUUGUACACUGCUGUAUAUCUCCCUUGUUUUUGUAGACAUGUACUAGUAUACUGCUUCUCCAUUCGUCUGGCAUUUGUCCAACUUCCAUAAUUCUAUUAAAUAAACCUGCUAGCCACCUGGUUCCUGUCUCUCCCAAUGCUUUCCAUACUUCCCCAGGAAUAUCAUCUGGUCCUACCGUUUUUCCUUUCUUUAUUUUUUGAAGCGCUUGAGCCACUUCCUAGUUUGUUAUUUUGGUGACCAUUGCUGCUACUGUCUCCGUUGACUCCACAGGCUCUCUGUCAAAUUCUUCAUUUAAUAAGCUGCCAAAGUACUUUCUCCAUCUCUUUUUGACAUUCUUUUCGUGAACUAGUAUUUUAUUAUUUUCAUCUCGGAUACAUCUAAUCUGAUUAAAAUCUUUUGCUGUCUUCGCUCUCUGUUUGGCUAUUUUAUAUAUCUUCGUAUUUUCGUUUGAAUACGCUUCUGCUUUAGCUUUUGCUACUGCUACUUUCGCUUCCUUUUUCGCGACCAUAUAGUUUUGAAGAUCUGUGUUGGAUCUGGUUUCUUGCCACUUUUUAUAUAAUUUCCCUUCUCUUUUAUUUUUCCUUGAACUUCGUUUGACCACCACCAAGUCUCUUCAUCCUCAAACUUUUUUUUUGACGUUUUUCCCAGUAUUUUAAUAGCAAUCUCUCUAAUACUACUGGCCAUUUUUCUCCAAAUUGUAGUAGGACUUCCUUUCAUGUUCCUACAUAUUUUCUCUACUAUUCUUUCCCUGAAUAUACCUUCUUUCUCAUCUUUUAGCAUCCACCACUUGAUUUUUUGUGGUCCUCUCCGAUAUUUUGGUUUAGUUUCACUUUUUACUUCGCUGUCCAGAACAAGCAGCUUAUGUCGUUGGCUUACUGUCUCACUAACUAUUACCUUGCAGUCCUUGCAUUCACGUAUGUCUUCUUUCCUUAUCAUGAAAUAGUCUAUUUGGGAUUGAUGUUGUCCACUUUUGUACGUAAUAAGUCGAGUUUCUCUUUUUUAAAGAAUGUGUUAACAAUCGCCAUAUCUAGUGCUGUUGCUAAUUCAAGCAUAUCAUCUUCAGCUUCAUUUGUAGUUCCAAAGCCUAAUCCCCCAUGUAUUGCUUCGUAUCCUGCCUUGGCUUGGCCCACAUGUGCAUUGAAAUCACCUCCUAUUAUAACUUUCUCCUCUGGCGGAAUAUCACUCAGGACGUCUCCUAAUUGGUCAUAGAAAGCUCUUCUUUCAUUCUCACCCAGACCUGUUUGAGGAGCAUACACACACAACAUUCAAUACCUCUUUAUCAAUUACAAAUUUCACUGACAUCAUUCUUUCACUCGUUCUUACAACUUCGACUACGUUAUCUUUCAUUUCACUAUCAGCAAUUAUACCAACUCCAUUUCUAGUGUUACUACUCCCUGCAUACCACAAUUUUAUACAAAAUAUCUAACAAAAAUGGAGAGAGCAAAUUGCGGUGGCUCCGAAAAUAAAAAAGUGACAACCCUCUUGCCCUCUGUUUAAUUUAAUCCUGGAAAAAUCAGUAAGAACUUCUGUAAUUAAUAACAAUGGUACAAUAUUCAAUACGAGCCUACAACUCAUUACGUCUUCUUCUUCUUCUUCGUCUAGCCAUUCACGUCCAUAUCUGAACAUAAGCCGCUUCAAGUCUUUCUUUCCAUUGUUUUUUGUUGUACGUUACUUGUAGCCAUUUUUCCCGGCAGUCCGUUUCAGAUCAUAUGUCCAUCUCAUAGGAGGUAUGCCUGGGUCUUUUGUGUUGGUAUGGUCUCCAGGUUAGAAUUGUUCUGUGCCAUUUGUUUAGAUCGCUCCUAGCAACAUGUCCGGCGUAUUCCCAUUUCAAGUUUAAUGAUUUUUGUACCACAUCGGUGACUUUGGUUUUCUGUCGUAUCCAUGUGUUUGUUUUCUUGUCCUUAAGUGAUAUGCCAAGCAUUGCUCUUUCCAUCGCCUGUUGAGUGACUCUGAGUAUAUUCAUAUUUUUUUUGUGAUUGUCCAUAUUUGUGCCCCAUAUGUUAAUAUCGGAAUAAUGAAACUUAUAAAUCUAAGAUGUAGCUGAAUUUGUUGAUUUUUGACUAUAUAGUUCAGUUUGACGAAUGCUGCCCAUGCUAACUUUCUUCUUCUUUUUAUUUCUUCCGUUUGAAUUUCCCUAUUUAUAUAAUAUAUACUUCGGACAAAAAAUAAUACUAAAUAGGAAAAUUCAAACAAAAGUCAUGCACUCCGAAGAAACCGUGACAAUAAUAAACGACAAAGUUAUAGAAAAAGUUGAAGAGUAUAUUAUAUUCUUUACUACUACUACUACUAUCCGUUUACAGCGUUCUCUGACGCCUUCCGACUCCUAACCGCCAUUAUUCUCUGUUUAACCAUAGACCUGGAGGGAUUUCUCUUUCCUCCAGUUCUUUUUUAAUUCCCUCCCUCCAGCUUCUUCUCAGCCUUCAUCUUUUUCUUCUCCCUUGUGGUGUCCAUGCCAAAAUCUGUUUAGGGAUCCUGUCAUCUGGCAUUCUCUGUACAUGGCCGUACCAUACCAGUUGUUUUGUUUUUAUGUCAUCAAUUAUUGUAUGUGUUACUCCCAUCAUUUCUCGUAUUCUCUCGUUCGGUAUCCGUUCUCUUCUUGAUUUGCCUGCUGCUCUUCUCCUGAAGUCCAUUUCUGUUACUAGUAACAUUUUCUGCGCUCUUUGUUUCAGUGGCCAAACUUCACUGCCAUAUGUGAUUAUACUUUUAAGUAUGCUAUUGUGUAUGAGCUGUUUGUUCGCUUUAGAUAUUGUCUGGUCCCACAGAAUGCCGUUCAUCAUGGAUAUGGCUUUUCUACCCUGUAUGUGUUUGUCUUUUAUAGCAGCAUCGAGUGUUCCAUCUUGAGUUAUCUUCAUGCCCACGUACUUGUAUUCAUCGCAGUGUUUAAUUUCUACCCCAUCGUCUAAUGUAAUGGACCGCUUUGUUCCUCCAAUACGCAUGGCUUCAGUUUUCUUAAUGUUGACUUCGAGACCCCAUUUGUUAUAUUCUUCUAUUAACUUCCGCGUCAUGUAACUUAAGUCGUCAUGAUCUUGAGCAAUCAGAAUUUGGUCAUCAGCGAAACAUAAAGUGUAUAGUGUUGUGUCGUCAUUGAGAGGGAUUCCCAUGCCAUUACAUUUUCUUUUCCACAGCUUGAGUGCUUGUUCCAGAUAAAUUUUAAAGGGUAGACGAAAUACAACAACACUGCUUCAGUCCUUUCGUGACCUUAAAUCCCUCAGACAUGCUUGAUCCAGUUUUAAUUUUUGCAGUCGUUCCAUUAUACAGACUUUGGACUGAUUUGAUAAGACCAUGUUUAAUGUUUGUUUGAUGUAGGGUUGACUAGGGUUAUUAUAUUCUUUAACUUUUAUAGGGUUUUGUAGGGUUAUUAUAUUCUUUAACUUUUAUAGGGUUUUGUAGGGUUAUUAUAUUCUUUAACUUUUUCUAUAACUUUGUCGUUUAUUAUUGUCACGGUUUCUUCGGAGUGCAUGAUUUUUUUUUAUAUUCUACUCAAUACUCUCAUAACUCAUAACGUAUGAAGAUAAUAUCCAUACUAUAGGGAGAACCGAAUCUGCAGUUAAAGGCUUUUCAAUCUACAGAAAGAUUUAAAGACUAUGGGCCUUGUGUUAAAAGAACUAUACGAAUCUCUUCAUAAAAUUCAUUUUUUUGUUAUGUUAUCUCUUCAAUUGGAGCGUGAGCGUUGAUUAUGCUUAUUGUACAUAUUGGGUGGUUGUAGGUGUUGAAGUGUUUUAAAGCUUGUUUUUGUCUGGUUUCAACAAUGAUUCCGACUGCAAAAGUACCUAUGUUGAUUUUCAACAACUGAAGUAUGUACAUACCAUUUUCUUUCUACCUCAUCUCUUGUACAGCUGUUAUGUCUAGCUCAUAUGUGUCAAGAGUAUCCAAUAAUGCUCCCAUUGCACCCGUUAUGUACAGUUCUUACGUAUCAUGUUCCCAGUUUCAUGUCCUUGUUUCGUUUAGCAGAUCAUCGUUAUAAUAACGUUAGUCUGGUUUUCUUUAUUAUUAAGUGAUGUGAUCAAUAUUUUUAAGAAUAUCGGUUGUUAGCUCUUAUUCCACCCUUUUGUCGGAGAAGCGUUUCUUCCACUCUCAUUAGUGAUGACCCUGCUUCCAAUCCAACUGGUAUUGGUUACAACAAUCUUCCACAAAAAUGCGCAGGUUUCCAGGAUUCCCCGGUGCAGGUGAGAGUUGGAAUUAAGUUCGAAAGAUUAAGUGACACUUGCAGAAUACCGUGUAAUAAUAUAUCCGUGUCGUAAUAAUACUCAUCACCUAUUUGAGCCCCUGUAGCAAUGACUAUAUUCGAAUCUAAACCUUAAGACUGCAAUUUUUGUUUUUAGUAAUGACAGAAAAAUAUAUUAUUAUAUGAAUUUCUGCAUCGGCUAAAAUCUAAACUGCAACCGUAAAGUCUCAAUUCUUUUAGUCUUUUACGAGGUUUGACAAAAAUGUGAAUUUUGCUCAAGAGUAAAGUAACUUUCUUAUGUAAGAUUGAAAAAAUGUGGCGCCAGUCGGUUGGAUUUUAGAUUUCAAAUAAUGCUGAACCUCUUUAAAGAACAACAUGAUAAUUUCACAGUUUAUUUCAAAUAGUUUCAUCUCCUUUUAAUGGACCUAUAUAAAUUUUUGGUGUCUAAAGUCUUCGCUGCUUUUGUUUUUUCAAUAGUCACUGUGAUACUAAUAUUAGACAUUUUCUCAUUUUAAAACCUUGAUAUAAGCUUUUGUGGAAUUCGUUUUGCAUAUGAACAAAACGUUGAUCAAUGGUCAAUAUCCAUAUUUCAGGCCUCAAUAUUUUCUGUUGGAAUUAGUCAUGUUCUCCCUACCUGUAUUCGAGAAAAAUGGAAUAGCUUGUUAAUAGUAUUUUAGAAGUUCUUUUUUUUUGAGAGAUAAUCACAAUUUUAGUUUUAAAUAUGUUUAUUUUGACGUUUUGAUUUCCACUUCGGUAUUUUGAAAACAAUUGCCGAAGUGUAAAUUUAAACAUCAGAAUAAAUAUAUUUUAAACCAAAAUUGUGGUUAGUUUCCAUUAAAAAAAGGUAAAUUAUAAUAAAAUGCUACUUUCGAUAUUAUUAUUAGUUUCUGUCAUUUAAUAAUGUAUAAAUCUUAUUGUUCUAAUGUUUAAUUUUUUUUACUAUAAUAUUAAUACUUAAAAAUAGUCUGACUUAGUUUACAGUAUCUCCUUCAAACGAUUGUUGGUAUUAUUAGCUACCCAGAGAUUCUUUUGAUUGAUUAUUAGUAUUUGUUUAGAUUGUAUUAUAUAAAUAAUAAAUGUAUCGAUGUAAGGCUUAAUAGCCAUUAGUUUAGGCAAUCCACGUGGCCAAAAUAUAUUUCUAGUUAUCGUUAGCUCUUGUGUGAAAUCUUUUGACAAAAAAAAAUAAUAAAAGUCAUUAUUUUGCUACCGUGGAUGUUAGUUUAUUUUGUAUUGUGUAAAGGUGCCUUGGAAAACCUUAAUUAAGGCAGAUAAUUUUGUAUUAUAGAAUAUAAAUAUUUUUCUAUGUUGUCAAACUGUUCAUAGUUAUAAAACAAUGUAAAUCUAAUGUGAAAGGUAUAUUUAUCCUAUGACUGAGUUUUUCGUGUUUUCCUUUCAAAAUUUUUCUAAUGUUGUUACCCCAAAAAUAUACACAUUUUAUAAUAAAAAACAGUUGUCGUAUAA